GCGCAUGCGCUGUAAGGAUGCCAGGCUCUUUUGACCUGCGGCUGUAGUAAAGUUACUCUCAGCUCUUAUUGCACAUAUCAAAUCAAUAUAUCUCAUCAGAUCUGAGCGCUUAUAACAGCUUUCUGCAGGGUUGUGUGUAUGUGAUUUGUGUGGUUGUGUUGUUUUUCAAAGGUGGCACAGCCAUGCGUGGCGGUGCGUGGAGUAUCCGGGCUCUGUCCCCGGUUCUUCUGCCCCGCUUGUUCUACGAUGCCAGAGCCUGUCCUGCUCGUCUGCGUGGAUCGCUGCGGUUUUUAAGCACGGACUCGCCGUCUGCGGCGCUACCCCAUCAUGCCCGUGUGGUCAUCUGUGGAGGCGGCAUCGUGGGCACGUCGGUGGCGUAUCAUCUGGCCAAGCUGGGCUGGACGGAGAUAGUGCUGCUGGAGCAGGGCAGACUUGGAGCUGGCACAACUCGGUUUUGUGCAGGAAUAGUAAGCGUUGCCAAACCUCUUUCUAUUGAGAGUAAAAUGGCAAAUUAUUCAAAUGCACUCUAUGAGCGUUUGGAAGAGGAGACAGGCGUUAAAACAGGUUUCGUACGGACUGGUUCUCUAUGUUUGGCUCAGAAUCAGGACCGGUUUCUGUCUCUGAAGCGUCUGGCAUCCAGGCUAAAGGUUCUAGGUGUCAGCUGUAAUGUCAUCAAACCCAAAGAUGUGUUGAAGCUCCACCCACUCGUGAAUAUUCAUGAUUUGGUUGGAGCUCUUCACCUGCCUGGAGACAGUGUGGUUUCCCCACCGGACGUCAAUCACGCACUUGCUGUGGCGGCGGCAGCUCAUGGAGUGCAGAUUUAUGAACACACCAGUGUUAACCAUGUCGUGGUGAAGAAGGGCCACGUCACAGCCGUAGAGACCGACCGUGGAUCCAUUGAGUGUGAAUAUUUCGUCAACUGUGCUGGACAGUGGGCGUAUGAGCUCGGUCAGAGUGGUGAGGUCAAAGUGUCUGUUCCGUUACACGGCUGUGAACAUUUCUACCUCCUCACGAAACCUUUAUCUGAGCCCAUUCAGAAUGACAUCCCAGUGGUGAUAGACAUGGACGGACGCAUCUAUGCUCGGGCCUGGCAUGCAGGAAUCCUGUCAGGUGGCUUUGAGAAGAACCCCAAGCCCAUUUUUACUGAGGGACGGAAUCAGCUGGAAAUUCAGAACAUGCAGGAAGACUGGGAUCAUUUCGAGCCAAUGUUAAGUGCUCUUCUGCGCCGGAUGCCUGGUCUGGAGGCCUGUGAGAUCCAGCAGCUCGUCAACUGCCCAGAAUCCUUCACUCCAGACAUGCGCUGCUUGAUGGGAGAGACUCCGGGCAUAUAUGGCUAUUUUGUGCUGGCAGGCAUGAAUUCAUCAGGCCUCUCAUUUGCCGGUGGAGCUGGGAAAUAUUUGGCAGAGUGGAUUACGUAUGGAUACCCCAGUGCCAAUGUCUGGCCUCUGGACAUCAAACGCUUUGGUAAUCUACAGAGCAGCCGUACGUUCCUGCGCCAUCGCGUGAUGGAAGUCAUGCCGCUCCUGUAUGAACUGAAAGUUCCUCGCUGGGACUUCCAAACGGGCCGGCAGCUGCGCACAAGUCCGCUGUAUGACCGCUUAGACACACAGGGAGCGCGCUGGAUGGAGAAACAUGGCUUUGAGCGAGCCAAAUACUUUGUUCCAGCCGGAAAAGAUUUACUGGCGCUGGAUCAGAGUAAGACCUUCUACAAGCCAGACUGGUUUGAUAUCGUGGGUGCGGAGGUGAAGUGCUGUAAGGAGGCAGUGUGCGUCAUUGACAUGUCCUCCUUCACCAAGUUUGAGCUCACAUCGGCCGGUGAUCAGGCCUUGCAGCUGCUCCAGCGAUUGUGUUCCAAUGAUCUGGACGUGGCAGUCGGUCACAUUGUCCACACAGGCAUGCUGAACGAGAGAGGAGGAUAUGAGAAUGACUGCAGCGUUGUGCGCCUCAGCAAAAACAGUUUCUUCAUUAUUUCACCCACUGAUCAACAAGUUCACUGCUGGUCUUGGAUUAAGAAACACAUGCCCAACGAUCCUCAGCUCCACCUGGAGGAUGUUAGCUGGAAAUACACAGCUCUGAAUUUGAUUGGUCCUCGUGCCAUGGACGUGUUGUCUGAACUCUCGUAUGUGUCAAUGACUCCAGAACACUUCCCUUCUCUCUUUUGUAAGGAAAUGAGUGUGGGUUAUGCUAACGGCAUCAGAGUCAUGAGUAUGACGCACACAGGAGAGCCGGGAUUCAUGCUUUAUAUUCCCAUAGAGUAUGCACUGCAUGUGUACAAUGAAGUGAUGUCAGUCGGACAGAAAUAUGGCAUCCGGAAUGCGGGAUACUACGCUCUACGCAGUCUGCGGAUAGAGAAGUUCUUCGCGUUUUGGGGGCAGGAUCUCGACUCAUUCACCACCCCUCUGGAGUGUGGACGGGAGUUCAGGGUCAAAUUUGACAAGGACACAGAUUUUCUGGGCCGGGACGCUCUUUUGCGACAGCGGGUCGAGGGAGUCACGCAGCGCUUCAUAAUGCUGGUUCUGGAGGAUCACGACACAGAGCUGGACCUCUGGCCUUGGUGGGGUGAGCCUAUCUACCGUAAUGGUGAGCUGGUUGGUGUCACCACGAGCAGUGCCUAUAGCUACACGCUAGAGCGCCACGUGUGUCUCGGUUUCUUGAGCCCCACAAACUCUGACGGCUCUCCGGUCGUGGUCACUACUGAAUUCGUUAACCGUGGAGACUAUGAGGUGGACAUUGCUGGACAGAAGUUCCCAGCUAAAGCCAAGCUCUACCCGUUCAGCUCGCUCUUUGCUCAACAGAAACGGCGCAAGGAUGACAUGGAGCUCAGCAACUUCCAGAGCAAGUGAUAAUGAGCCGCAGCAGAUCUGAGAUCAAAGGUGCUGGUGUUCUGAUAUUUGCACAGUCUCUCUAUAGCACUUCCUGAAGUCCUUCGCACAAGCAAUCAUCUUCAUUUGAUGUCAGUCGCUAUUACGUGUGGUUUACUGCUCUAUAUAUGUAUGUUUUUUUUUUGUUUGUUUGUUUGUUUUGUGCUUUGAUGAUUUUCUUUGUGUAAUAGUGUGCGUCAUGAAGGACCUGUAUGGUGAACAGAAGUGGAAUUAGUUUGGCUGUGGACUAUUAUUUGAAUACAUAAUUGACUUUAGAAAGAAAUUCUUUCUCUGUGUUUGUUACUAUUGCUCUUUUAAUAGUCCGGUCAUAUCUUCUCAAAUAAGACCCUGUUCUGGGUCAAAUAAGACCCUGUUCAUCAUUUUCAAGGUUUGGCUUUUUGCCAUGUCACAUGGUUUAAAAUAAAGGGAUGGGUUUUUUUAUAUGGACAUCAGAUUGCCACUAGACAAUCAUUGUCCGUUUGAAGUGUUGGAUUUUAACUGGAGAAAACUGGAGAAGUAUUUCAAACCAUGUGUCUUUGUGGAACACUAUUUUGUUAUAAAACUACAAUAUUAAAUGAGGAGGUAUUGACGGAUGUGCAAAUUAUAUGUGACGCUGAUGAAAAAUGACUGACGGCUUGAACAGAGGUUCUUGAGCGACGCUUUUGUAAAGUGCCUUGCCGCAUUUGCAGUGUGAAGUACAUGAAGUAGUCUUGUGUUCAUUUCGUUGUAUUCAAACUCAAACUGGAUUCUUUGGGUUUAUGUAUCUCUACUAACGACUGUGUUUUUAGUGUCAUUUGAUCAUUUUGGAAGGCGUUAUGUUCCUCUGUUGUUCUGAAUCACAUGAUCUGUUGGUUGUGUAUUUGUAUUUGAAAUGGCGUUGAGGUGUUUAUUGUUUGGACAGCAUAUUAUUUUACAUCAUCUGUGCAGUUUUAUCUUUAAAGCAUUAUUUAAAAGCUUACAGUCAGAUCAUAUUUAAAUGUACAAAGUUUUGCAUUGUAUUUUGUUUAAAUCAGAAGCAGCUUUGCACAGUACAGGAUCAGUGGUGUGUUUAAAUCAUGCACAAAACACCACUCAAUAAUUACAAGGGGAAUUUCAUAAAAACAUGUUUAGGACGCAUUUCUUUUUUUUGUACAAAAUAUAAUUUCUGGUUUCUUUCUUUUGACGCGUGUGUGUGUGUAAGUAUGUAAAUCUGUCACUGUAAAGCAGAAUUUGUUGUAACAGGGUUUUUGUGUAAAGAAUCUAAGAACAAAUAAUCUGUUGGAGAUCUGAUUGCCAUGUGAUUCAGAGCUGGAGAGAUCAGAUGCACCUUACGCUUUGCUUGUACCUGUUGUGUUUGUUUUUUAAAUGUCAGACAAAGGUAACAGGACUAUUAUACAGUAAAUAUGAUCUUUCUGGCCAUCUUGCCUUUGUAUUUAUAUCAUAUAUUGUACAAAUGAUUGAUUAAUUUUCAUAAAUAAAAGAUGUAAUCAA